CGCCCGGGCUCGUGAGCAUCUCCGGGCGGCCGGGAGGGGGUGCGCGCCUGGGGCCGCUGCAGCCGGGCUGCUGUCGCCAAGGACGGCACCUCACUGGCCGGUAGGAGGGAGCGGCGUCUUUGUCCGGCGAGGCGUCCUCAGGCCCGGCCAUCCCUGCGAGCGGUCGGAGCCGGGUGGCCUGGGCGGUGCCCAUCGGUGAAGUGCGCGGGCGGGCGGAGGGCUGGCUGCGGCCACGGCCCCAGGUACCAGGGUGCCCCGGGCUCGUCACCUGCGCCACCUCUGCCCGCGCUCUGUCAAGUUGCAGAAGACCCGGGUGGGUCAGGAGUCUGGACGCGUGGGCGCGUUGCAAACUCCAGCUGCGAAGGAGCUGCGUGCGGAGGUAGCCCGGCCCGGGAUGCUCCCGGAGGCUGCCCUGGCCUCUCUGCGCACCCUUCUUGGCUCCUCCAGACCCAGGUCUCAUAAACUAGCUGGUUGGCCCUGAGCAGCGAUGGAGCAUCCUGCGUGGUGUUGCUGGUGUCAGGACUAUGGCUGGUUCUGAAACUCAUCCGAAGAGGUUCAAACUAGUGGCUGGAUGUGAAAUCAUCCAAGGAGGAACAGGCAACGGGACAGCUGCCUGUCGCCCUGCAGCUUGAAGGGGGACUGCAUGGCCCGCAGCCCUCGCUGAAGAAGUGACCAUGAGCGUCCCACUGGCUCCAAAGAAGUCCUGUUUCAGCCAAUUGCAAGAUCGCCGAGAGGGAGCGAAAAAUAACAACGAGACUAUUCUAAGUAUGGGCGAUACAAAUGCCAAUCAAGUCAUGUUGGAGGUCAGCGCCUCUCGCGACGGGGUCGAGACACGUGAGCUGCAUGAUGCGCUUGCAAAUGCGAAUGUUAGCCGGCCACAGUACCACAGCCACUUCCAGAAGGAUGCUCCUCACCUUCAGAGCCUUGGGAAAGGGUCUCAGGCUGGCUCCACCGGCCAGAGGGAUCCUCAACCAUCUCUGCCCGUCCAUAGGCAACUGAGUGAGGAACACACAGGAAAAAGAGGUAUCCCGCAGGCCCCCCAGAGUCUCCAGGGCCCAAGUCCGUCCAGCUGGAGGAGUGCAGUGGGUCAAGUCAGUCCAGAGGUUUCCGCUAAGAGGGAGGCUGAAAUUCCCCGGCACGUUCCCAAGGACAAAUUGGCAAAGACCCUUGACAAUGAAGAGCUGAAAAGAGCAGGCAGCUCAGCAGCUGUGGCUGGCAGCCUCGCUUGGGAGAACCCGCACCCCAAGCAUCUGGACACCUCGGAGCCACAGGGCCAUCUGCCUGGGCGUGGGGAGGGGCCACUCGGGACAUCAGUCGAUCACUUCCCAGGGAGGGCUUUAUCUCCAGGUGCGGGCACCUCAGAGGGGAACAUUGUGCGUCCUCCUAAACCACCUACCUCAGAAGCCAGGGGGCCCACGGCGUCAGACACCAAGAUGGAGGGGACACGUGGCCUGGAUGUUUAUAAGGCGCUCAUCGCUCAUCCGGAAUCGACUCCCAGUUCGGCCUUAGCAACGAAGGAAACCCCCAGCCUCCAUUAUCCAGAAAUGUGUAUAGGUCAAGGAACGGGGAAGCCCAAAGUGGAACUCGGAUACAUCCAACCCAGGAGCGAGCAGGGACUAAUGACAUCCCAGCCACAGGGUCUGGGUUGUCAUGAGGAAAAAAGUGUGUCACCCGUAGAGCUACAUGAGAAGGCACAUCAAGAAGCCGUGAGUCAACCUGAAGUGGGACGAGGCAGCAGCCCGGAAGCAGUCAUGGGAGACCGUGCUGGUGCGGAGGGGUUUCCGCAAGCCACCUGUGCACAGGACAGCGCUCCCUCUGGAGAGGCAGGUACUAGCCUUACUGGUAAGAUGUCAUCAGGUGGAGGUAGGAGGGCGAGGGACUUUGUACCUGACCACAGGCAUGCAGCUUCUAUUCCCGGUGAUUCCAAUGAGAGCACGCCCUCCGUGGCCAGCGGGGAGGAGAAGAGGCAGGGCACCGGGACCGCGGACAGUACCAAGUCGCUGUCCCCAGGUCCUUCUCUGGAAGGGAACAGAACCGACGCCUCUGAGCUCUUGGGUCCUCAAAGUAGCAACUCGGAAGCCAGGAAAAGCAGAGAGACAGUAACAUCUGUAGCCGAAAAUAGGAACCUUCUAGAAAAUGCAGCUCAAACUGACGUCACGCCAGCUGGCGUAGAUUCAGUUGUCAGUACCCCAGCUCCUCUCCACCCGGAGGCAUGUGCGAGCUUGACUCCUCACGCCACUCCUCCGGGUAGCAGUUCUCUGUCACCCUCGGUGGCCUCGCCCCCCACUGAUGGUGGGCAGGCGUUGAACACAUCCCCGAAAGUGCCUGACAAGAGCGCCUGCCCCAGUGGGAUCCCCAAGCCUCUUACACAUCCCAAGGACACACCUUCCUCCCAGGAAGCACCAGAGAAGCCGGAAAUGGACAAGACAGAAGAACGGACAGACACGAGGCCUAUCCUUAUGCCAAAACCCAAGCACGUGAGGCCCAAGAUCAUCACUUACAUACGCAGGAACCCCCAGGCGCUGGGUCAGGGGGACGCGUCACUGGUCCCCGUGGGGCUCCCAUAUGCCUCUUCUGCAUGCGGCAUGCCGCUUCCCCAAGAGAAGAAGGCAGCUAGCCGCGACCCUCAGCAGUCCGCCAACGUGUACGAAAAGUUCAAGCCUGACUUGCAGAAGCCGAGGGUCUUCCCCUCUGGACUGAUGGUGUCUGGGAUCAAGCCCCCAGGUCACCAUUUCAGUCAGAUGAGUGAAAAGUUUCUGCAGGAGGUCACAGACCACUCUGGGAAAGAAGACUUUUGCUCUCCUCCCUACACUCACUAUGAGGUCCCUUCCACUUUCUACCGCUCCGCCAUGCUCCUGAAGCCUCAGCUGGGGCUGGGCGCCAUGUCCCGCCUCCCAUCCACCAAGAGCAGGAUUCUCAUUGCAAGUCAGAGGUCUUCAGCAAGCGCCAUCCACCCACCGGGACCAGUAACGGCAGCUGCUGGGCUCUACGGCUCUGACCCUUCAGACCUCAAGAAAGCCCCUAACUCAAGUGCUGCAAAGUCCAGUCUACCAAAAUCUGGGCUCCGUCCUCCUGGCUACUCCCGUCUCCCAGCAGCCAAGCUGGCGGCCUUCGGCUUUGUGAGGAGUUCCAGCGUCUCUGCAGUGCCCAGCACCCAAUCCCUGGACAGCAUGCAGCCAGAGCAGAGCAGGCCGGUCACCCGCUCAGCCUUUGGGAGCGAAGAGCACCCGCCUCUGAAGCAGCCUCCGUCUUCUAAGGAGACACCCAAGGGAGCUGGCCGGGCGGCCCCUGCGCCUUGCUCCAACGCUACGACGCCGCGCAAGAGUUUAUUACUUCCAGCAUCGAAAUCCACUUCCACGCCUGCUGGAGCAAAGAAAGAGUCGCAGAAAGAUCCAGAAGCCAGCAAGCCUGCUGUUUCGUCUCCCAAGAGAACAGUGUCUGCUGCCACCAAGCAUCACUCACCAGGCUACCCAAAACAGAGGACCAUGGCGCCUCGGAGUGAGUUGGCAUCCAAGCCUGACCCGCAGGCCCGUGAGGCAGAGCGGCAGCUGGCCCAGCGGCUGAAGGACAGGUGUGAGUGGCAGGCCAGGCAGCUGGGCCUGGCUCGAGGGGAGCUGAAGAGAGCCAUCCGCGCCUUCGACGCCCUGGCGGUGUCCACUCAGCAUUUCUUUGGAAAGAGUGAAAGUGCCCUUGCGAAAGAAAAAGAGCUGUCAAUCGAACUUGCAAACAUCAGGGAUGAAGUUGCCUUCAACACCGCCAAGUGUGAGAAGCUGCAGAAGGAGAAGGAGGCGCUGGAGCGACGGUUCGAGGAGGAGCUGAGGAGGCUGGGCUGGCAGCAGCAGGCCGAGGUGCAAGAGCUGCAGGAGCGGCUGCAGCAGCAGUUCCAGGCGGAGAGCGCGCGCCUGCAGGCGGAGCACCAGGACCAGCUGCUGCGCAUGCGCUGCCAGCACCAGGAGCAGGUGGAAGACAUCACUGCCAGCCACGAGGCCGCCCUGCUGGAGAUGGAAAAUAACCACACAGUUGCCAUCACCAUCCUGCAGGAUGACCACGACCACAAAGUCCAAGAACUGAUGUCUACCCAUGAAUUUGAGAAGAAGGAGUUGGAAGAAAACUUUGAAAAACUGCGGUUGUCAUUACAGGACCAAGUGGACACGCUGACUUUCCAGAGCCAAUCUCUGCGGGACAGAGCCCAGCGCUUUGAGGAAGCUCUAAGGAAAACCACAGAGGAGCAGCUGGAGAUUGCCCUGGCUCCGUAUCAGCACCUGGAGGAAGACAUGCAGAGCCUGAAGCAGGUGUUGGAGUUGAAGAACCAGCAAAUCCACCUGCAGGAGAAGAAGAUUAUAGAGCUGGAGAAGCUGGUGGAAAAGAACAUCAUUCUGGAAGAGAAGAUCCAGGUGCUCCAGCAGCAGAACGAAGACCUCAAAGCCAGGAUUGACCAGAACACAGUUGUCACCAGACAACUGUCUGAGGAAAAUGCUAAUCUCCAGGAGUACGUGGAGAAAGAGACCCAGGAAAAGAAGAGGCUGAGCCGAACCAAUGAAGAACUACUUUGGAAGCUCCAAACUGGGGACCCAACCAGCCCUAUUAAACUCUCCCCCACAUCCCCGGUGUACAGAGGCUGCUCCUCCGGGCCGUCCUCUCCAGCCAGAGUCAGCACCACACCUAGAUGACAUCACCCUGCCACCCACAGGAGCUCGGGCUUCUGUCCGACUGAGGGAGUGCUGGCGGGCACCCCGUGCGUGCGCAUGCUCAGUAGCUGCAUACAUGCAUUCUAGGCAGCGUGCUCUCUGACCCUUGUUGUGAGACCUUCCUGGUAUUGGCGCUUAGGAAGGUGUAAGCUGCAGAGUCUGGUGUCCAAAAACGUUUUAGUAUAGUUAGAGGCAAGAGAAAAACAACUUCAAUUGUUCUUGAGCGAUGAGCUUUCACAGCAGAAUUUCCGGUCAGUCACAAACAGCUCCUUUUGAAUACAUGAAAACCCCCCUUUUACUGCUGCACGUGUAUAUUCAGAUAUGUGGGUAUACACCCGUGGCGAUUCUGACUUGCAUUUUUUAUAACACAAUGCGCUGACAUAUUUUAGUAACGGUCAGCAGUUUUUCUAACUUGUGCCUAAGAGUUAUUGGGAAAUGAAGAUGCAUUUCUAUCUAGUUUCCUGGAAAUAUUUGUACCCAAAAUAGAGAAGGAAAAAAAAAAACAAAAACAAAAACAAAA